CGCCCCGCCGCGCUUGAUGCGGCGCGUGCUCCGCCCGCUCGGCGCCCCCGGCCGGCGCCGCGGAGGCCGAGGAUUUCCGAUGCUCGCUAGGUUUCCGCUGACUGCCGGAACUGGAGAUCACUCCACAUGGAUUCCCCAAGUCAGCAUGGCAGCCACACUUCCCUAGUGGUGAUUCAGCCACCGGCCCUGGAAGGCCGGCAGAGGUUAGACUAUGACAGGGACACGCAGCCUGCCACAAUUCUGUCCCUUGACCAGAUCAAGGCCAUCAGAGGCAGCAAUGAAUACACAGAGGGACCUUCAGUGGUGAAGAGACCGCCUCCUCGCACUGCACCAAGACCCGAAAAGCAGGAAAGGACUCAUGAAAUCAUAGCAGCCAGUGUGAAUAGCAGCUACGAGCACCGACCUGCCAGCCACUUGGGCAAUGCCAGGGGUUCGGUGCUGAGCAGGUCCACCAGCACCGGCAGCGCAGCCAGCUCAGGGAGCAGCAGCAGUGCGUCUUCUGAGCAGGGCCUGUUAGGAAGGUCUCCGCCCACCAGGCCCAUCCCCGGUCAUAGGUCAGAGAGGGUCAUCCGGACCCAGCCCAAGCAGCUGCUUGUGGAUGACUUAAAGGGCCCCUUGAAAGAGGACCCCACCCAGCACAAGUUCAUCUGCGAACAGUGUGGCAAGUGCAAGUGUGGAGAGUGCACGGCCCCUCGGGCGCUGCCUUCCUGUCUGGCUUGCGACCGGCAGUGCCUCUGCUCCGCGGAGAGCAUGGUGGAGUAUGGGACCUGCAUGUGCCUGGUGAAGGGCAUUUUCUACCACUGCUCCAAUGACGAUGAUGGAGGCUCUUACUCGGAUAACCCGUGCUCCUGUUCACAGUCCCACUGCUGCUCCAGAUACCUGUGCAUGGGAGCCCUGUCUUUGUGCCUCCCCUGUUUGCUCUGCUACCCUCCUGCCAAGGGCUGCCUGAAGCUGUGCAGGAGCUGUUACGACUGGACCCAUCGCCCUGGCUGCAGGUGUAGGAACUCCAACACUGUCUAUUGUAAGCUGGAGAGCUGCCCGUCCAGGGCUCAGGGCAAACUGUCAUGACUUUCCGGAGGUGGGCAGACCUCCUGAAAUGUCUGGCUUCCAAACUGUGGCUGUUGAGAAUGUGGUAUCAGAGGCAGAUUUGCUUCUCUAGAGUCUCUCUUGUCUUGGAUGAUCCUCAGUAAGGGGGUGGACUGUGCAACUGGGCCCAGCUUGCUCUCACCCUACCUCGAGGGUUCUGGGAGCUGCGAGGGCCUGCGUAGCCCGCAUCAGCUUUCCAGCUGUGUCGGUUGAAGAUGCUAGCACCCCGCCCAGGCUCAGCUGAGAGCUGUUUGAGGUCGGGUACUAUGGGACAGUGGACUUGGUUUGGUUUAUAAAAAAGUAACCGUGUAAGUGCUUAAAUAAGCUAUGUAUUAGUCUGCCUCUGAUGAGAGCUGUCUUGGCGUCCUGCCCCCAGUGGAAUGGCACAGUUUUCUCUGCACCCACUCGCUGCCCUCUCCUUCCAGCCCUCAGUGUUCUCCUCACGGUGCACUGUGGAGAUGCCAGUGGGUCAUCGUGCCCCACCCCUUUGCCCUAGGUCCGGAUUCACUGUGCAGUGUCAGUCUUCACAACAGAGAUGUUGUCUGCUAAACCUCCCUAUUCCUCCUUCAGUGCCCCAUAUCUGUGAAGGACCUCCCUUCACACCCCCACUUCACUGAGGGCACUUGGUAACUGUAGUUGAAAUUCCUGUCUGAUCCGCCCCCAGGUGUCUCAGAGCCACAGCUCCCUAAGGUGCCCUUGACUCCUGACCGGCCUUCUGACUCUUAGCAGCUGAGUAGCUCCAGGCCGUCCUGUGUCUCCAUUGCCUUAGCCACAGAUUGUGGUGUGUUUUGGGUUGUUGUUGUUGUUGUUGGAUUUUGUUUUUGUAUAUUUUAUGUAUAAAUCACAAAGUUGAAUCCUGGCUAUUUUUAAGACAAAAGUCUGUUAAACUUUUUUAUUGUAAAGAAUAUUUAUUAUGCGAAUCUCUAUUAUUUUAUGGUAUUUAUUGCAAAAGACUGUUGAAAUGUACUCAUGUCUGAAUAUAACAUAUCACUACUUCAUGAAAAACAAGAUGAUGCGAAGAAAGUAC